AUGCCGAAUGAUGGCGGUGAAACGUGGAAAGCAACCGAUGAAUGGCAGAGCAAGCACGUCACUAUCAAAAUGCCACCCUUGGCCCCUACCGUUUAUAGUGGUACAACAAGGAAGACUUAUUGGGUCGAAGCGACAGAUCCGAAUGCUGUCGUCGAGGUGGAGCUAGUGCAAGCAAAGGCGAAUUGUGCUGGAGGCUGCUACCAGGGAGCUGUUGAAGCGAAAUUUGCUGAAAAUCCACAACUCACGGGAGCCAAAUUUUGCUGCGUGAAUGGAGCGGAGCAAGGACCAGUGAUGGUGUCGCACUCAAAAAUAUUUCCACUCAUCCUCACAAACGUUGGAAACCAAAAACCACCACCAACAGUUAUGGUAGCACGAUUUCGACAGAUACCGAAACCCAAAAAGGAUGAAUCAGUGAAACGCACAGUGAAUGAACCAUCGCAACCAGAACAAUCACAACCUUCCGCGCUACUGAAGGGAAAAUCUGAAGCUGAAUCACAGUCGGAUACAUCGAGAGAACAAAGACCUCGAUUUAGACCAGGAAGUGAAUUGGAGCGUUGGCUAUCGAGAGUUCAGAACCCACGGAUAAAAUCGGGAAAGCCGGAUUCACUCGAUAUGAAACUGAAACCACUGAUAACAUCGAGGAGACGAGAUCUAUCAGAACACGCAUCGUCAUCAGAAUCGGAUGAUAACUACCCAGAUUCGUUGACUGAUCUCACCCAUGACAAUAGCUAUUUUUCGAGCGAGCUUCUGAGUGAUAUCACCUCAAACCAUGGAUCGCAAGAAUACUUUCGGACUGCUACCAGGGAUGAUUCUUCAUACGGUGGUUACCACACUGCUGUAGGAGAUUACUUUUCAGACGAUGACUAUCAGACUGCUGUCAGAGAUGAUUCUUCAGAAGAUGACUAUCAAACUGCUAUUAGAGAUAGCUCUUCAGAGACUGACUUGAAAACUGUUUCCAAAACU